AUGUGGAAGGGCAGGAACCAGGAGGCAGUCAUCGAGGGGACAGCUGGAGAACUGGGGGGACCCGGGAGCUGGGGUCUGGAAGGGGCAGCAGGCCUCCUGGCCCGGGCCUCUUUGCCCAUGUUUCCAUGGCCACUGCCCUUAGGCUCCUCGGCUCUCACCGUGCUCCUGGGAGCACUCACUUCUCUGUUCCUUUGGUACUGCUACCGCCUGGGCUCCGAAGACAUGCAGGCCCUGGGGGCCGGGAGCCGAGCUGGAGGUGUUAGUGGUGGGCCUGAUGUUUGCUCUCAGGCUGGCCCAAGGGGCUCUGGGGAUCCUGGGGAAGGACCCAGGGCAGAAGGUCUAGUCAGCAGGAGGCUUCGGGCCUACGCCAGGCGCUACUCCUGGGCUGGGAUGGGCAGGGUGAGGCGGGCAGCUCAUGGAGGCCCUGGCCUCGCAGGAGGGACGGGGCUCCUGGGCAUUCAGCGCCCAGGCCUACUUUUCCUACCAGACCUGCCUUCGUCCCCCUUUGUGCCACGCGACGCCCAGAGGCAUGACGUGGAGCUCCUGCAGAGCAGCUUCCCUGCCAUUUUGCGGGACUUUGGGGCUGUGAGCUGGGACUUCUCAGGGACUACCCCUCCGCCUCGGGGCUGGUCCCCACCCCUGGCCCCUGGGUGCUACCAGCUCCUGCUGUACCAAGCAGGCCGGUGCCAACCCAGCAACUGCCGCCGGUGCCCGGGAGCCUAUCGCGCACUGAGGGGGCUGCGGAGCUUCAUGAGUGCCAACACCUUCGGCAAUGCGGGCUUUUCCGUUCUCCUGCCCGGGGCCCGGCUUGAGGGCCGCUGUGGACCCACCAAUGCCCGGGUUAGAUGCCAUCUGGGCCUGAAGAUCCCCCCUGGCUGCGAGCUGGUUGUUGGUGGUGAGCCUCAGUGCUGGGCUGAAGGGCACUGCCUCCUGGUGGACGACUCCUUCCUGCACACAGUGGCUCAUAAUGGAUCCCCCGAAGACGGGCCUCGAGUGGUCUUCAUUGUGGACCUCUGGCACCCCAACGUGGCUGGGGCUGAACGCCAAGCUCUUGAUUUUGUCUUCGCACCAGACCCUUGAAAGAAGCUGUUCC